AACUGUCUGUGUGUGUGGAAACUGAACCAUAAAGCAAAGAACAGAGAGAGAACUUUCGUGGGAAACCCCAAAGCCAACAUCGGACGGAUAUUUGAAGAGAAGAAGAAGGGAAGGAAGGUUGCAGAGGAGGAGAGGAAGGAGCUGUUUUCCUAGAGAGGGGAUUCGUUGGAAGCUUGGGAAAUGGGGGGUGGAGCGUCGAGAUGGAGGAGAGCAGCCAAGAGGAUUGGGUUCCCCUGCGCCUCCUUCUCCGUCGAUGCCACCCCCACCACUCGCCGCCCCUCAAAAACCAUCUCGUGCUCCGCGGUGAGUGUAACAGGAGACAAGACGGAAGAAAAACCGGAGGAAUCCGGACCCACCGCGGUGUCUGAUAAGAGUCUAUGUGCCAUAUGCCUCGAGCCUCUCAGCAGCGGCGGCGGAGGUGGAGGCGGCGGCGGCGAUGACAGCGGUGGUCAGGCGAUCUUCACAGCCCAGUGCAUGCAUGCGUUUCACUUCGUGUGCAUCGCAUCCAAUGUCCGGCAUGGGAGCGUGACGUGCCCCAUCUGUCGAGCUCACUGGUCCCAGCUCCCGCGCGAUCUCACCAUCCCCUCCUCCCACCAUGCGGAUCCCAUCAUCCGCAUCCUCGACGACUCCAUCGCCACAUCCCGCAUCAACCGCCGCUCCUCCAUCCGCACCACCCGCUACGACGACGACGACCCCAUCGAUCCGGACACCGUCGCCGAAUCCACCCACCCUCGCCUCCUCUUCGCCCUCAUCGCGGCCCCGGUGCCGUGCAGCCACGGUCUCCACGCUCAUUCUCCAUGCGGGCACUUGAUGUCGUUGCACCACCAGUAUCAUUUCACCAGCCCUUCUACUUCCGUGCUGGUUCCGCCCGGUACGUCGCCAUGCAAGCAGAAGAGGGUCUACCUCUCGGUAAAGCUAUCGCACCAGCGAGCUACUGAUCUCGUGCUGGUGGCGAGCCCCAACGGGCCUCAUCUGAGGCUCCUCAAGCAGUCCAUGGCGCUUGUGGUCUUCUCGCUGCGUGCCGUUGAUCGGUUGGCCAUCGUCACCAACUCGGCUGCCGCCACCCGUGCCUUCCCCCUGAGGCGGAUGACGUCGCACGGAAAGCGGUCUGCCCUUCAGGUCAUCGAUCGCCUCUACUACCUAGGUGAAGCCGACCCCGAUGAAGGGCUUCGCAAGGGGAUCAGGAUACUCGAGGAUCGGGCGCACCAGAAUCCACUCUCUUGCAUCCUGCACCUCUCGGACAGCCCCACCCGAGCCAAUGAUCUGCAGGUCAACGUCCCAAUCCACCGGUUCCAUGUCGGGCUUGGGUUUGGGAUGUCGAAUGGGUUUGUGAUGCACGAGUUCGAAGAAUUCUUGGUGAGAUUGCUUGGAGGCGCGAUCAGAGAGACCCAGGUGAGGAUAGGAGGGGAGGGAGGAGUGGUCAGGCUUGGAGAGCUAAGGGGUGGGGAAGAAAAAAGGAUUCCAUUGGAUUUGAUGCGUGAUUGUGGGUUCAUCACUGUUGGUUAUAGCUUCAUCGAAGGAGGAGCAGAUGAGAGGCUGAAGACAGGGGAAGUGGUGGUAGGGAUAGGGGAGAAGAGUGAAAGAAGCCAUGUAGGUUGUGAGUUGGGUGGGAGAGAUCUGAGCAUUGGAGGGAGGAGGAGCAGCUGUGUUGAGCGAUGGGACUACCUCGACCCGUUCAUGGCACGACGAUGGGCGAAGCAUUUGCAUGGAUACAAGGCUUGAGGAUGCUGAAAUGUUUCGAGAACGGUUUGAAGUACUGGCCAUAAACACCACCAAAGGUUCAUCCCUGCACUCUGAAAUUUUAUCAUGCAACUCAACUUCAGAAGGAUUUCGGCCUCUAUCCAUGGAAAAUCUCCCAUCCACAUCAGUUUCUAAUUUUCUUCUUCCACCAAACUGCAUGUAGUCUUUUCUUUCUUGUAUUCCUUCCCCCAUUUCUCUAUUAUUUUAACUACCGUGUGAGUGUGGAUUUCUUUUUUCCUUUUUUUUUUUUUUUGUAAAAGCAGGCUUCGUAUGCAAUAUCUUGUUUCACAGGUUCCUUUCUAAAACUUAUAUUUUAUAA